AUGGCUUCAACUUUGCUCCAAAACCAGAGGCUGAGCCAAUGGCAGAACCAAAAUCUACACGCCCAUGACUUCCUCAGCCCCAAAGCUAUACCUAUGAAACGUGUUGGCACCCCUCAAAAGCCCGCAAAACUCUACCGAGGAGUAAGACAGAGACAUUGGGGCAAAUGGGUCGCCGAGAUCAGACUCCCCAAGAACCGAACCCGCCUCUGGCUCGGCACUUUCGAUACAGCCGAGGAGGCUGCUUUGGCAUACGAUAAGGCCGCCUAUAAACUCCGGGGAGAGUUUUCCAAAUUUCCCUCAUCUCAAGCACCAAGGAGCUCAUAUCUCAGGAGAAUUCGGUGA